AUGGCUCUUGUUCUGCGGUAUGUCAACAAAGAAGGCAAACUUAUUGAGCGAUUCCUUAGUAUUGUUCAUGUUAAAACAACAACUUCAUCGUCAUUGCAAAAAGCAAUCUAUGAUUUGCUUUUAGAGCACUCAUUGAGUCCAUCUCAAAUACGGGGACAAGGUUAUGAUGGAGCUAGUAACAUGCAAGGAGAAAUCAAUGGUCUUAAAACUUUAAUUCUGAAAGAUAAUCCUUCGGCGUAUUGUAUACAUUGCUUUGCCCAUCAAUUGCAAUUGACUCUUGUAGCCGUUGCAAAAAACCAUUGUGAUGUAGAUCAAUUUUUUGAUAUUGUUGCUAAUGUCUUGAAUAUUGUUGGAAGUUCUAUUAAGCGUAGGGAUAUGCUUCGAGAGGAUCAGGCAAAAAAAUUAGAGGAGCUACAAGUGCUUGGUGAAGUUCAUACAGGAAGUGGACUAAAUCAAGAACUUGGACUCCAAAGGCCAGGUGAUACUCGAUGGGGUUCUCAUUUUAAGACAGUGCGUAACUUUAUUACAUUAUUCUCGUCUAUCAUUAAUGUACUUGAGUUUCUUGGAAGUGAGGGUGCAAAUUAUCUAGAGAGAUCAGUGGCAAAAAGUUUAGUGAAUGACAUAAGAACUUUUGAGUUUGUUCAUAUGAUGCACUUGAUGUUAAAAUUAUUGGCAAUUACAAAUGAUUUGAAUAUGGCUUUGCAAAGAAAAGAUCAGGAUAUUGUAAAUGCUAUGAAGCUUGUUGGUUUCGCCAAAAGGAAAUUGCAAGGGAUGAGAGAAUCUAAAUGGGAAUCUUUGAUAAAUGAUGCCUCUUCAUUUUGUGCCAAGCAUGAUAUUGUGAUCCCUGAAAUGGAUAAGAACUAUCAUCUUGGAAAGUCAAAGCGUAGGAGUUCAAGUGUUACAUAUUCUCAUCAUUUGCGUGUCGAAGUUUUUAAUACUGUUAUUGAUUUGCAACUUUCAGAGCUUAACAGUCGUUUUGAUGCGGUGAAUAGUAAUCUACUUCUUGGUAUGGCUAGUUUGAGUUCGGAUGAUUCUUUUGCAAAUUAUGAUAAAGAAAGAAUUAUGAAACUUGCUACACUUUAUCCUCAUGAGUUUAGUGGUUCAAAGCUUGAAGAUCUCAGUUACGAGCUUGACAACUAUAUUCUCUUUGUGAAAGAAGACAACGAUUUCUCUAACUUGAAAGGACUUGGAGAUUUUUCAGAAACACUAGUUGAAACAGAUUUAUCUUCUCACAUCUUUGGUUCCAUGGCUCCUCCGGCCAUGCUCCGGCAUAUUCAAGCACGGGAAGCCUGA